AUGCGGCGGGGCCCCGCGCUACUGGCGCUAUUGGCGCUGCUGGGUGGGCCAAGUCUCGUGCUGUUGGAUGAGGCGCCAAAAGGGGCGGGGAACAUCGACAACAGGGGUGGAACCAACGGCAACACAUCGCAGGAUCGCCGAAGAGUCUUUGGGAUCAACUUGGACCCCGCGCUGGGGAAGCGCUGGGUGAGGGGCGUGGAGACCUGGCGCCGCGCCGGCGCCGAGGUCGUGGCGCGCGGCGGAAUUCAGACACUCUGCAACAGAGGCUUCAUCUACUUGCUGUGCCUGCGGUACUCUGACGGGAUGGAGGUGGGCCGAAGCCGGUACUUCAAGAUUGGCGGCACCAAGGAUCUACAUCAGCGCCUGCAUGCCUACGUCACCGCGCAGCCCUUUAGGCCGGAGGUGGUUUGCGAGGCGUGCGUGCCGGACUGGCGGUCUGCGGAGCGGCAACUCCUCGAGGCGUUUCCCAGGAGUUCCGACCUGGACGGGGGCGAGGAGUGGCGGCGCCUGGGGUCCAGGGAGCUUCAGAGGGCAGUGGCGCAGAUGCACGAGGCUGAAGAGGCGUGGCGGAAUUUGCCGGAGGAGGUGGUGCCACUGCCUUUGGCGCGCGCUCUGCUGACAAGCUCGGCCGGGAAAACGGCGGAGCGAGAUGCGGAGGCCGUGCCUCAUCGGCCACUCUUCGCCACAACGCUGCCGGGAAUUCAUCGACAGGCGGCUGAAGCGGUCUUAGAGCAGUUCUCUAUGCACGGCGGACGAGCUACAGUUCUGAUGCCGGAGCACACUGGCAUGCAGCAGGUGGGGCUGGCAUUGCUGGAGGCGAUGCAGACCAUGGGCAUGGAGGUCAGGCGGGUGCUGGUGGUCACGGAGAGGGUCUUUGACACCCUAGCCGCCUGGGGUCAAGCGGAUGGUCGAGAAAUCCUAUGGCUACAGCAGAAGCAGGAUGCUCGCGAGGCCCGGCAGCGCCGGCUGAAGGUGCACACGGCGCGCAGUGGCAAGGAGCUGGACGCAUUUCUGGCAUCGGAUGUGGGCGACUGCAAGAUCGUGGUGUGCAGCACCAACGGGCAUUCUGGAUCCAUGCUGAUCCCGCAAGCUUUAGCCUGGUUGCACCACCACUCCUUUGACCUGCUGGUCUGUGAAGACUGUCUCACUACCACGCGGGAGCUAACGAAGGGGACCCGUCUCGAUGAGCUCUUCGACGAUGAGAUCAUCCCUAUGCGCCACCGAGUGUUCCUCACGAGCAGCACGACUUACCUUCAGCAAGGGAAGGCCUUCAAGAACCGGCCCAGAUUCUUCGCCAUUCGCGGAGAGAGCGGCUACGGGCCGGUGGUCUUCCACCUCCCUCGCUCAGACGCAGUGCGCCUGGGCUUCCUGCGCCACACCAAGCUCCAUCUGCUCGGCGGAAGCGGAGGUUUCCGGGCCUCGGCGGCGAAAGACCAGGCGAGGGCCAUCGCGUCCUGCAUCGAGCAGAACGGGGCCAAGCGGAUCUACGCCUUUUUGCCCAAGAACGAGGCCGCCAACGAGCUGCACGCUGAAUUGAACGUCCUGCAGGGCAUCACCUCUAUUUGCGUCAAUGGCAGCAUGAGCCUACAGGACCGGUUCGCUUACAUCGAACUCUUUGAGAAGGCCAACUCCGACCCAGCAGACCUGGAGAGUCGGCGUUUCAGGAGGAGCCAAAGUUGGUCCGAGGGCGACCGGGCGGAGGACGUCCGCCUUAUGCCCCUGGCCUCGGCCAAGAUGAGUGAAGUGCCAAUUGUGCCACAUAUUUGCGACACGAGCACGGCAAGCCCGACAUCCAGCAAUACCAGUGAGUGUGAUGGAGCCGAUGGGGUCAGCGAUGGAGAGGAAGCGAUUGCGGUCUCCACAGCCCAUGUCACCGGCAAGUGCAACCCCUGCGUCCUCUUGGCUUCCCUUGGAAGGUGCUUUGCGGAGAACUGCAGAUACUGCCACGGCGAGCAUCAAGUGCCCCAGAACAAUAAGCGUCCGCGCAAGAACACCCGGGACAUGUACAAGAGGCUGGUCCAGCAAUCGCUCGACUUGCAGGACCCUGAGCAGCAACAUGGAGCUCUCCAGAGCUUAGCGGCCCGCAACAACUACACGCGUGCCCUGAUCAUCGGAGCGCUCCAGGCACAGACGCAGUGGCAGUGA